UCCCUCUCCUUCCUCUGACACGCAGUCCUCUGUAGUCACUCACCGGAGUGGUUUUGGUCAACUAGUGUCAAAUGAGUGACACGUAGGUGGCUCUUUUCUUAGAGCCCAACAGGCCGCCACAAAUCUUAUUCUUAUAGGUACUUGUAAGCAGUGAAGGACAGGUUGAUGAGAGCACAGACAUGAGGACGAUCUACAUUCUUUCAUCAUCCACCUUGUCCUCAGGACCAAAGCGGAUUCAGUAGACCGGACGCUUCAUGUUCCUCUACCUGAAGACUCAACAAGUUAGAUUUCCUGUUUGUUCUGGUCAUUUGUGACCACUUUUUGUCACUCUGUUCUGGAAUACACCAAUUUCUCAGGGGAGAGGGUUUGUGUAAAGCUUUCCUACUGGAUUACUUGUGGAGAUUAGUGAUGGGGAAUGCGGCGGCAGGGGGCCUGGAGCAGGAACCGGCUGAGGGUCGCGAGGCCAGGAACUCAGUCGGAGCAGCUUCUGGAAUGAGUGACCCCACCCCAGCUUUGCAGAAGAAGCAACCGGCUCCCCCCAAACUGCCCAUGCCCCCAGAGGAUGAGCUGGAGGAGCGCUUCAAUGGUGUGCUGAGCCACAUGAACUUGCCUCCAGAUAAACUGAAGCUGUUGAGUCAGUAUGACAAUGAAAAGAAAUGGGAAUUAGUCUGUGAUCAGGAACGUUUCCAAGUGAAGAGCCCUCCAUCCACUUACCUGGCCAAGAUCAAGAGCUUCUACCAGGAUCAAGGAGGGGUGUCUCGUAGGCUGAAAAAACGUAUCCAAGAGGCCACCCAGGUCCUUAAAGAUUUGGAGAUAUCCCUUCGUACCAAUCACAUUGGAUGGGCCCAAGAGUUUCUCAAUGAGCAGAACAAAGGUUUGGAUGUUCUGGUGGAAUACCUUUCCCAUGCACAAAGUGAUGUCCCGUUUGAUGCGGACAGUGUUGAAAAUGGUGGCACCCUGUCAGACAGAGGAAAACCAACAGAGAGGUCAAUGGAAGACUUGACUAAGAGCUCCAGCAGCUCCCACUCACAUGGGAUGACUAGAGCUGCUCGUGCACUGACUGUAAGAAUAAGCUCCACUCUGGGGAACAAGAUGCAUAAGAAGUCCCAUUCACCCAGCCAGAGAGAUGAUGUGCAUGUGUGCAUAAUGUGCCUGCGAGCCAUCAUGAACUACCAGUCUGGUUUUAACCUUGUGAUGACUCACCCGCGCUGUGUGAACGAGAUCACCCUCAGUCUCAACAGCAGGAAUCCCAGGACCAAAGCUCUUGUGUUGGAGUUGCUGGCUGCUGUUUGUCUUGUCAGAGGAGGACAUGACAUCAUUCUCUCUGCCUUUGACAACUUCAAAGAGGUGAGCAGAGAAAGGAACCGCUUUGAGAAGUUGAUGGAGUACUUCAUCAAUGAUGACAGCAACAUUGACUUCAUGGUGGCUUGCAUGCAGUUCAUAAACAUUGUGGUCCAUUCAGUGGAGAACAUGAACUUCCGUGUUCAUCUACAGUACGAGUUCACUCACCUUGGAUUAGACAAGUAUCUGGAGCGUCUGAAGCAAACAGAGAGUGAGAAGCUACAGGUACAGAUCCAAGCCUACCUGGACAAUGUGUUAGAUGUAGGAGCCCUGCUGGAGGAUGCUGAGAACAGAGGAGGGGUGCUGGAGCAUGUGGACGAACUGCAGGAACACAACAUACAGCUGGGUGCCCGGCUUGAGGAGAUUGAGAAUCAAACUACAGAAAGAAUAUCUGAACUUGAAACUCAACUCAUGCAGGCUACCAAGGAGACUGAGCUGCUCAAAGAAAGCCUGCGAGAGUCCUGUUCCCAGGUUAGUGGUUUGCAGCAGAGAGAACGGGAGCGAGAGCUAGAUAGGGAGAGGGAGAAGGACAGGGAGCGUCUGAGCACCUCCACUCCUCAGACGUCUUCAGAGCUUGAGCAGAAGAUCCAGGAGCUGCAGGACAAGGGGCUGAUCCGACUGGGACGCAGUGCCUCUGGAGGUCUGGACAUCCAGGUUGUGCCUGUCACAGUGGUUGAAUAUGUCCAAGCCCCAGCCUCAUCCGCCCAGCCCAGUGCUACCGCCGCAGUCGCUGAAUCCUCACCAUCCAGUGUACCUGCCUCUGGCCCUCCGCCACCUCCUCCACCUCCCCCUCUACCUCCUGGUGUACCAGGGGGCGCGGCCGCUCCUCCUCCACCGCCUCCACCUCCUCCUCCCCCAGGAGGUUGUGGUGCUGUGCCUCCACCUCCUCCUCCUCCUCCACCUCCCCCUGGUCUUGGAGGAGGUCCACCACCUCCUCCUCCCCCACCUGGUGCUGGACCCCCACCUCCUCCUCCCCCACCUGGUGUUGGACCCCCACCCCCUCCUGGAGCACCAAACACUCAACCUGGGUUUAAGGGCAAGAAGACCAUUCAGACCAAGUAUAGGAUGCCGUUGUUAAACUGGCAGCCCUUAAAACCAAACCAGGUGUCAGGUACCGUCUUCAACGAGCUGGAUGACGAGCAGAUCUUAGUGGAGCUGAACAUGGAUAUGUUUGAGGAACAGUUCAAGACGAGGGCCCAGGGUCCUGCAGCAGACCUCUCCACUAUAAAGAAGAAGGUGGUUCAGAAGGCCCCCAGCAAGAUUUCUUUGAUUGAUGGCAACAAGGCCAAGAAUCUGGCGAUCACUUUGCGCAAGGGGGGAAUGGACCCAUCUCGUAUCUGCACCGCCAUAGAGACGUAUGACCAGCAGUCUUUGUCCGUAGACUUCCUGGAAUUACUUGAGCCCUUCAUACCAUCAGAUUAUGAGAUGAAGCUGCUGGUUAACUAUGAGAAGGAUGGCCGCCCUCUGGAGGAGCUGACUAAUGAGGAUCAAUUUGUAUUAUGCUUUGGGAAGAUUCCUCGUCUGACACAGCGAAUAAACACUCUCACUUUCAUGGGAAACUUCCCAGACUCUGUCAAACGCCUGCAGCCGCAACUGAACUCCAUCAUUGCUGCAUCCAUGUCCAUCAAGUCUUCAGCCAAACUGAAAAAGAUCUUAGAAAUUGUUCUCGCUUUUGGCAACUAUAUGAACAGCAGUAAGAAGGGUGCUGCGUACGGUUUUCGGCUGCAGAGUCUAGACCUUCUGUUGGAGACCAAGUCAACUGACCGCUCGCAGACCCUACUUCACUUCAUCACCAAUAUCAUCCUGGAUAAAUACCCUGACUUGGUCAACUUCCACACAGAUCUACACUUUGUAGACAAGGCAGCCCUUGUAUCACUGGACGGCAUUCUUCAGAAUAUCCGCUCAUUAGAACGGGGAAUGGAAAUGGCCAAAAAAGAAUUCCUGGUGCAGGAUGACAGCCUGGUGUUGAAGGAGUUCAUCAAAACCAACAGUGAGCAGCUGGAAUCUUUGGUCAAAGACAGCAAGACAGCACAGGAGGCAUACGGCUCUGUGGUGGAGUAUUUUGGAGAAAACCCCAAAACCACACAGCCUUCCAUGUUUUUCCCGAUGUUUGGACGUUUCAUAAAGGCCUACAAGAUGGCACAGCAAGAGAUUGAGAGGAAAAGGAAAAUGGAGAAGGAGAAGGAGAGUCAUGAGGAAAAAGAGCCAUCAUCUCCGAACAAGGCUGGGGCACAAAAAGGUCCCAUGAUGCCUAAGAUGCCCCAGAUGGACCUGAUAGCUGAGCUAAAGAAGAGGCAGGUGAAACCGCAGGUACGCGAGGGGAAGGACGGCGCCCUGGAGGACAUCAUCACAGAUUUAAGGAACACACCAUUCAGACGGACAGAUGGUCGGCGGCCAGCACAGCGCCAGGACACAUGAGUCACUUCUGGUUGAAGACUUUUUGCCAGUAUAGCUGGAAUCACCCUCAAGCAAACAUUUAAAAAACAAGCUUAAAACAGUUUUGUAUAUAGAAUAUAUACCAAAUGGCAGUGUGUAUUUUUGUCAACAUUUAAGUGCGAAUUUGCUGUAAAUAGAAUUGAAGUAAAAUAUUUUCCAUGAAUUUGAUUCCAAAACCAGCUAAAAAAAAUCAUUAUUUUUAUAAUUAUUUCUGCUGUGCCUCACAGUAUAGAUACACAGUUUUGUGUACUCUAAAUUUGUAGUGUUGUUGCCUAUUAAGUAAUGAAUUAAAACCAUGACUUUAUUUUAAAAUAAACCUAUUUUUUAACCAA